UUCUCCCGGAUUCCAUUGCCCCGUGGGUUUCUCCAAUUGUGUUCCUCAUUUUUCGACUUACUCAUUCCGAUUUUAGCCCUUUGGUUGCACAAUUGUGGUUAGAUUCCUUUGAGUAUCGCUUUGAUUUCUGAGAUUGUCAGUCGUCGAAUGAUUGGCCUGCUGUGUUUUUCUAGGGUUUGGAUUUGGAGUAGUUUUCAAUGUGGAGGUGAGUGUUUUUCGUGAGGCGAGGUGAUUUGUUAAGCUUGGGCAAGAUGUCGCGUAAGGAUAAGCGGAAAGAGUUGAAGAAGUUGAAGAGGAAGCAGCUUCGACGGGAGGCGGCUUUGCUGAGUGCAGCGGAGGAGGUUGAGGAGCAUGCGGAGGAGGAGGAGGAGGAGGUGUUGGCCAAGGAGCGAGCCGAGCAUGAGGAGCAGGAGCGGCUGUGGCUGCUGAGAGAGGAAGAGUCGCACAAAGAAUGGUUGCGGAAACAGGAGGAAGAAAUUGAGAGAAAGCGGAAAGAGGAUGAGCGGACUUGCAAAGGCGAAGAUGGUGAAGAUCUUGAAGAAGGCUGGGAAUAUGUGGAGGAUGGUCCUGCAGAAAUCAUUUGGCAAGGGAACGAAAUCAUUGUGAAAAAGCCUAGGAAGAAAGUUAAGAAGGGCACCAACUCAGGCGUGCUGGCCAUUGAGGAGAAGGAUAGACCAGCCUCAAAUCCGCUGCCUCCUCAGAGCACUGCUUUUUCCAGUUACCAGGCGAAUGCUCAAGAUCUUACUGACCAGAAUACAAACUUCGGAACAGAGCAGGAUAAGAGGAACUGUCCAUUCUAUAUCAAGACAGGCGUGUGCCGUUUUGGUGUGCGUUGCAGUCGUCUGCAUCCAGUGUUCAAUGAAGCUUGCACUCUUUUGAUGCGUUCCAUGUAUACUGGGGCUGGCCUUGCUUUGGAACAAGUUGAAAGCCUUGAGGUUUGUGCUGGCAUCAAUAUCCUCUUAACAGUGACCUUCAUACGAGCUCAUCUCAUGGAGUUAUGGCCAGAAGUUGAGUACACUGAUGAGGAGGUGGCGCAAGAAUAUGAAGAAUUUUAUGAUGAUGUGCAUUCGGAAUUCAUUCAGUUUGGGGAACUUGUGAAUUUUAAGGUAUGCCGAAAUGGUUCACCCCAUUUGCGAGGAAAUGUUUAUGUUCACUAUGCAUCACAAGAGUCGGCAAUGCUUGCAUACAAUCACAUGAAUGGGCGAUUUUACGCCAAGAAGCAGAUUUCUUGUGAAUUCGUAGGAGUUAAGAAGUGGAAGAUAGCAAUUUGCGGGGAAUUUAUGAGGACAAAUUACAAGACGUGUUCACAUGGAUCGGCGUGCAAUUUUAUGCAUUGUUUCGAAAACCCUCGCAGGGAGUAUGAAUGGGCAGACUUGGAUAGACCACCCCCUAGAUUUUGGCAGAGAAAGAUGGCAAAACUUUUCGGACAUGCUUAUAUUUCUGAUGAAGAUUUUGAUGAGAAACAGGAGAAAGUGAGGUCGCACAGAGAAUCCACUUACAGUAAUCAUAUGGUAAGACACAGAGGUGACAGUGUGUCGACAUAUGAUGAUGACCGGAGGAAAGAUAGGCAUAUGAAAGAAUCUGUGCGCGAGGACGAGCACAGGAGACGCAGUGAUGGUAGAGAACAAAAAUAUUGUGAAGAUGAAACGAAAGACCGAAUUAGUAGAGAAUCGAAGUAUGAUGACCGACGGAGAGUAAAGCAUUCAAGGGACAAUAAUCAUGAUACUCUAAGGAGAGAGAAGGAUUUUAGAGAUUCUACCCAUCAUGAUGAUUCUGCUAGGGACAAGAGUGCAAGCCGUUCCAUGGAUGACGAUGAUGAUGAUGCGAAUGACGAUGAAAGAUAUUUUCAAGGACACAAAAAAUUUGAGAGAUGGUCUCCCGGUAGGCAUGGGGAGACGGAUGGCAGAGAGGCGGUUUACUCUAAAGAUCAGAGAAGAGGCCAUAAGGGCGCUUCAUAUGACUACGAGGAUAUUGAUAUUGGUGAUGCUAGACAUGUGGCUAGAAACUCAAUAACUUCUGAUGCUGCAUACCACAGCCAUAGUCGAAGCCACAGUCACCACUCCGAACGCCAUCGCUCCAGGAGAAGAUCAAGGAGUCCAGAUGGUCAUAAGUCCCGGAGGUCAAGGAGUCGGGACAGGUCGAUGUCUCACAGUGCGCGCGGUGAGGAUGGGUACUACAGCGUUGGCGAGCACCAGCAUAGAUAUUCCAAGACGAUAAGAGACAAUGAACGAUCAUCUAAGGAGAGCAAGCAGCACAGGCAGCGCAGCAGCACACAAAGUAGUAAUGACGCAUUUGGCAAUCAAGAGGCUUCUCAAACUCUCGAAGGGCGAGUAGAUGAAGAUGUUAACAGACAUCGGAAGAGACAUUCUAGCCAAGAUCGGCGGAAGUAUUCAGAAAGUGAACAUGACCAGAGCUUGACUACUCAGGAAUCGGAUCAUACCAGGAUUCGGCAUUCGAAAGAUUUGGUAGGCACAAUUGCUGCACCGACGACAGAUGAGGAUACUAGUGGUAAUCUUAGCAAUCUGGAGAGACAAUCAGGUCUCGAGGUGGGCAUAGACGUUGCGAGCCAGAACCAAGAAACUGAUGGUAGUAGUAGCAGUGACACGGUGACAGGGUUGAGUUUGGUUCUUACCACGGAUGAUGUCCAGAAAAGUACUUCUCAGUGGCAGUCAUGGAGAAAAGCUAAGGCUAAGAAGGCCAAGCUCGGGAUGAAAGAUCAUCCUCCACGGCUUGUAAUUUGAAUACAAUUCUUGUCAAGAGGCGUUAGAGAUCUCUUCCACAUAGACUACUUCUAAAUAUGAUGGUUAGCACAUUCUCACAUGGUCGGUACUAUAAGCGAUUUGCUGUUCCGUACUGCAAUUCUUGUGUCACUUGCCAUAUAAUCUAACGGCAACGUCAGAUUGUGUUGUCCCUUGUAUCGGA